GUACAUCCAUUAGUUCGAGAAACUAUACAGAAGUUAGCAUUGGUCAGCAUGCUACAGGUUCUGGUUGAUGUAAUUCCCGGAUAUUCCAUUCGUGAACUUACUGCUGAGGAAAAGCAGCAGAAAGUUAAGAAAGAAACUAAAAAGCUGCAAACAUAUGAAGAGUCUCUGCUGCGGUAUUACUUGAAGUUUCUCCAAUUUUGCGAAAAAAUGACAGGAAAACUGAAUGUCAAGGGACGGAAGCUUGACGAACAUUCAUUUACUUACAAAUUGGGAAUGUUGUGCUUGAAAGCGAUGAACAGAUUGGUUACUUCCGCUCCUCAUUUCAAUUAUGCCACGAAUAUCCUCUCAACUAUAAUACGGCUCUCAUUAUGCAAUGAUCAUGCUGUAGUUAAUGAAGUGUGCACAACACUGCAUCAAGUUUUCCGGGAAGAUCUACACUUGAGAAUAUCUCUGUUUGGAGCACGGAGCAUUGCAUCACUGGUCACUAAGAGGAAAGGUCAUGUACCUCCUCAGCUUAUUGCUACUUUCCUUUCUUUGAACAUCAAGUACAAAAAGCAGCUCGACAAGUUAGAAGCUGAUUUGAAGGAGCUAGAUGCAGCUGAGACCCUGUCUACCAAGAUGAAGACGGCGACAGAAACCAUGAAACAUGUUUUUCAAUGUUACUUCUCAGUGUUGAAAAGAGUACCCAAUGUAGCUCUGCUAGAACCUGUACUGGAAGGUCUUAGCAAGUUCGCUCAUCUCCUAGGUGUUGAGUUUUUUGAAGAUAUUGUCCUCACAAUGGAAGGUUUGGUUGAUAAAGAGAAUCUACGCCUCCUGGAUCGGCUGUACUGUAUCAACACUGUUUUCGUUAUUCUUUCGGGUGAAGGACAGCUUUUGAAUGUGGAUCCUUCGCGCUUUUAUCGAUCCGUAUACCGUCUCCUCAAUCAGUUACCAUUUGAAAAGAGACCAGGUACGUUGCUUGACGUGCUUUAA